AAUUAAACAAAUUUUGAAUAUUAUAUAUAAAAUAAUAAUUUUUAUUAAUAACCAUAACUAAUGAGUUAAAUAAUACGACGGCGUCCAACACAGGCAAACACAAAUACAUAUACUACAUUGCAACAAUAUUGGACACACACAAACACCAGCAAUACAUUGCUAAAUAACCGCUUAAAAUAAAAUACGUACAUAGAAAUGUUCAAAAAAGGCGAAAAGAUGGCGUUAGCAAAAUCAUUAAAAAUGUUUCUCACCAUAUUCGUGGCGACCACCUGCAUCUACAUGGUGCUGUAUCAGUAUCAUCUGUCGCGAGAGCCAAUAACGCAGCCAAAAUAUAUUAAGAACAAGGAUAUUUUAGCCGAUGCGGAUGUCGUUGCUAUCGCUCGCAAAUAUAACUCAUAUUUAUGGUCACCAAUGUCGCUAUUUAGUGCGCGACAACCACAACAGCAACAACAAGUGCAAACACCAGAAGCACAAACACAACUAUCAAUCAGCGAGAGGCAAUCAGAUGCAACGUCGAGUGAGUCGGUAACAACAGCACCCGCGGCAAAGRAAAGAAAAUCAACAGCAUUAACAGUUAGAGYAGCUGCACAACCGUUAUCAUCACCAUUACAAGCCACAACACGGCAUAAUAUUUCCACAUCAAACUCAUCUUCAUCAUUCGUAUCAGUCACACCCMCAUCCAYAAAAACACACACAUUGUCAGCAAGCGUGACGUCAGCACGUUUGUUGAACGCCUCGCUCGGCAGCGCGCGUCAGCAGUUUAUUGCGCAAAAUGUUGCAGCGGUUGAUAGUUUGAGGAAGCGCUCAACAUCACUUGCUACUUUGAAUAGCACAACAAAUGCGAGRACAACAACAAAAACGACAACAACAGUUCGUACAAUAGCCACAACGCAUGCGGUUGAAAAUGCUGCAAACUCAACGCUGCCGAAUGCGCGCAUUGUGACGCGUCCAGCUGUCGGCAUGACUGCCAAUGACACAAUAGCGCUACCCCCACCACUGUACAUUAUUACACCGACUUACCGUCGCGCCGAGCAAUUGGCGGAAUUGACACGACUCGGCUACACGCUGAAGCAUGUGGUGAAUUUGCUGUGGCUCGUGAUUGAGGAUGCGAAUCAAACGUCGCCGCUGGUGAUACACACACUUAAUCGCAUUGGUGUGCCUUAUGAGUACUUUUUGGCACCCAUGCCGGAUGAGUAUAAAAAUACGAAAAAGGCUAAACCACGUGGUGUUUCGAAUCGAAAUCGCGGUCUGGAUUAUAUACGCGCUAAUGCGACCAGUGGCGUCUUCUACUUCGCGGAUGAUGAUAACACUUAUGACAUCUCGAUUUUUGAGCAGAUGCGCUACACGCAAAAGGUUUCAAUGUGGCCCGUCGGCUUGGUUACAAAGUUUGGCGUGAGUACGCCAAUCAUACGUGAUGGCAAGAUAACAGGUUUCUACGAUGGUUGGAUAGGCGGACGUAAGUUCCCCGUUGAUAUGGCCGGUUUUGCGGUGAGUGUGAAAUUUUUACAUGAACGACCCAAUGCGAAAAUGCCCUUCAAAGCGGGCUAUGAAGAGGAUGGCUUCCUGAAGAGUUUAGCGCCACUGAAUCUCACGGAUAUCGAGCUGUUGGCCUCCAAUUGCACAGAGAUCUUAACGUGGCAUACGCAAACGAAGAAGAACGCCAAUGCAUCGCCGUUGAAUCUGACAUUACAUGGCGAUACGAAUUUAGUGUCCUUAAAUAAAUUCUUAGUGCGUACGUAAAAUGUAUGGAAUGUACAAAAUUGUGUUGAUUUGCUAAUGCCUCAAUGGCGUGCCGCAAAUGUGCUGUGGCGUGAAUCCUUAACCAAAGCUUAGUUAAACAAAUGCAGACUCUGUAUAGAAGCGUCAACUAAUUUUCUGCAAAUAACUGCGCAAAACGAUUUUAUUUUUGAAAACGGAAUUUUGACUGUGUCGCUACUUGUCUACUAUAUAUCUAUAUGCAUACAUUUAAGUUUUAUUUAUAAAGCGUGAUUUUAAUGAAUAGAAUGAGCACAAAAGGCAUACAACUUGUAUAAUAAUUAGUUAGGAGCUUACAAUUUGUACAGUUAUCCUGUUUCAUAUAAUACUAUUUUUACCAAAGCAUAUUAAGUCACAAAUUAUAAAUAAGUUGCUGCAUAAUAUAUGUAUACGUGUAUCUAGCUGUAAUCCUUACAGCGAAAUGUCAAAUGCAUAAGGCGCUUUAUUAAAUAUCUUAUUUUGUUAAGUUUAGUUAUUAUAAUUUAUGUUUAGUUGAAUAUUUUAAGUGAUAAUACUGCUGUGUCGGGUAAAUUUACUAUUUACUACUAUAUGUGACUAUUGUCGCAUACAUAUAUUUGAUUUACGCUUAGUUUUGUAAGAUACUCAAUAAUAUUGUCCAUAAGCUCAAAUUCCAAAAUAUUUGUUAAAUAAACCAAUAUUGUCAAAAGAA